AGCAAAGCUAAGUCUCACGGGGUGCGCUGUCUUGGUCUCCUCCCGUCUCGGUUUCCAAGUGGAGGCACCGAGAGGGUCAUUCCCCUGCCUCAAACGUCCAGGUGUGCCCAGCUUUGAGUCCCCAGAAGUUCUCAGUACCACCUGCUGUGAUGUCACCCUUCAAAGGAAGUCAGGCUCAGAAGCAAAGGAUGUCAAGGAUGUCUGUGUUUAUCAAGGGACCAUUGGAGAUUCCAUCUCCAACAGAGACAGACUGGCCUAAGGAUGAUGAAAAGGAUUUUGUCUUCCUGGACAUUGAUCGAGAACUGGAUUCCCUGCCUCAGCCUUACCGAAUGAUCAACAAGGUGCUGAACCAACUGUUUGACCAGUCAUGGGAAGUUAUUGAAGAGAGAGAAGCUUUAAGAGAAAUUGAGAAAAACCGGAUCCUGCCUACCAUCUACCCUCCAGUUACAGAAAUCCAGCUCAACCAAAUGCCUGGUGGUAUGGCUGUUUCACAAGACUAUCUGUUUAUUGGAGGAGCCAAAGGAUUCUCAAUCUAUAAUCUGGAAAAUUUCAAAAGAAUAUAUGUUUGGGAGAAGUUUAAGGUGGACGUUGUCUCCAUCUGGGCCACAGAUUUGGGGAAUGAAGUGCUUAUUGUUCCUGUGGAUGAAAUGGGUAUUGUUAGAUUUUUUUACUUGUAUAAAGACAGCCUUUUUCUCAUCAAAGCCAUCAAUGAAAUGGAUGAUGUCACCAAGCAAAGCACCUGUUUGAAGAUGGAAUUCUCUCAGGGCGGUGACUAUGCAGCUUUCCUCCUCCAAGGAGCUGGGGAGAUUUGGCUGGAAGUGUAUAAGUUGCCCAAGGAGACUUGGCUAAAGGAAGCGGAGCUCCCCCAAUUAGGUCCAAGUCAGAAGAAAAAAACCAAACAGGUGCCAAUGACUCCUGACGUUGCUGCUUUAGAAGGUGUGGAAAUGGGCCUGAGACGCAGUCUAAGCCCUUACGCAGUCCAGGAACUCAACAUUAGUUUUAAAAGUGACAUUAAGUUUACUCAACCAGUUUUUAUAAUGAAGAUUAAACCACCUAAGGCCAUAGCAGGCACCACAUUUAAAAGCCCACUGGAAAUCUUUUCAAAGAUAGAGGACUACUAUGGGCUAGGCUCCGGGCAGAAUCACUUCAUCAAGGAUGCGCAGUGGGAGCAACACCUGGAGAUCUUCUAUGCCUCCUACAAGAAGUACCUGGAACGGGAGGGGGAAGAGGAGCCGCUCAGUAUGCCAACCUUCCAUUUCAUCUGUACUAACACCUUAGCCACAAUGCCAAUGGAUGUCAGGAGCUCUUCAGGAGGAGCUUGGAUCCUUGGCAUACACUGGACUGGAAAUCACAACUUCUUCCUCUAUCCACUGAACAAAACACUGAAGGAGAAAACUGACUGUGAGAACGUGUGGCCCUGUGCUGCUCCCAUUGUCGUGUCUCAGAUCAGCAGCUUCUCCUCCUUCCUGGCCCUUGCCUGCGAGGACGGUGUGCUCAUUCUGUGGGAUAUGGCCCAAGGUUUCCUCUUUGGGGUCAUUGCUCUGCCUGAGGGGUGUUUCUGCCAAAGCAUUCACUUCCUAAAGUUCUUCCUGGUGCAUGAAGGGAGGAACAUGUACCCUGAAGGCUCAGUGAAAUCUGAAGUUAUGUGUGUGGUGCUAUGCACUGAUGCUUCCCUCCACCUGGUGACAGCCAGCGGGACCAAAGGACCCACCAGCAAGGUGCUUCUUGAGAGGUCUAUGAGCCACGUGGAAGAAGAUGUCUGUAAAGUGGCCCCAGUCCCAGCCUUGCCUGGCAUGGUGCUAAUCUUUUCCAAGAACCAUUCUGUAAGCCUCAUGGAUGUGGCCACGGCUAAAAUCAUCUGUGCCUUUGCGGUCCCUGUGUCCUACCCACAGGAGAUGCCCUGGGCGCCACUGUUUAUUGUGUCUCCACACCAUCCAUAUUUUCUUCUUUAUGGAGCCCAUCCAGAUGAUACUGAUGCCACCACCUCUACUGAUGAUUACAGCGAUAGCCCACACUCUGUUUUCUAUUUUAAAUUUGAGGAAUACCCCCUCCUGAAAGAUCUCCCCGAAAAUUGUACCAUUUCUCAAAAGGACUUGGAAUGUAACCAGGCCUUCUCCCAGAUGUUGUCACUGGAGAAAAGAUGUGAGCAGUUCCUCCAGAAGAGCUUCCAAAAGCUGUCGAAUUCCCAGGUGAAAGGGCAUGAUCAUUGGGCACGGCUGCGGAGGCACUCCAUUUUCCUCCAGAAAGAAAACUUAAAGAAGUGACCAGCCUGGGACUCCAGAGGAGUCUCCACAUUGUCAGCCACUCCCAGGGACACCGGAAGGCAAAAGGCAAUGACAAAGAGCCAUAGCUCAAAACCUGAGACCUCCGUGGAGCCAACAGGGUCAAGGUGUUCUGACGACCUUCAAAUCCUAAGUGCCCCAUGGGGGUUAGAUGUGUCACUCAAAUAAACAGACUGGC